GAUUCAGUUACUCACCCACUGACGUUGAGCCCGUUCUCUGUGUUUGUGGCGAGAAAAAGAUAUUAAAAACAAGAUCUGAAAUUAAAGAGGAUUUUUUUUCUUUGCUCUCUGCUUGGCUUGGAUCCGUGCAGAAGGCCUGGUCUCCACGGGGCGGGGCGCGUAGCGGGGGCGUCGUCCACGUGAUGCCUGAAGGGAGGGGGGGCCUGGCUGUGGAGAAGUCUCCGGGCUUGUAGCGCACGCAGGCAAACCCUAUGAUCGAUGGAGAUAUAAAAGUGGUUUUACUGAGCAUCUGUAGAAGAGAUCCUGAAUAUCCAACAGAGUGCAGAAGUUUAAUGGCUUUCAGGUAGAGGCCCAAGGAGAGACAAUCAAGAUGAACUCGAUUCCGUCGAUGGACAGGCAUAUACAGCAGACCAACGAUCGGCUGCUUUGUAUCAAACAGCACUUACAAAACCCAGCGAAUUUCCAGACAGCGGCGACGGAGCUGCUGGACUGGUGCGGCGACCCGCGGGCCUUCCAGCGCCCUUUCGAGCAGAGCCUGAUGGGCUGCCUGACGGUCGUCAGCCGCGUUGCUGCUCAGCAGGGCUUCGACUUGGACCUGGGGUAUCGGCUGCUGGCUGUGUGCGCCGCCAACCGGGACAAGUUCACCCCGAAAUCUGCAGAAACCAACUCCUGCAGGAGAUGUCAGAGUGAUUCAGCGCUUCUGUCGUCCUGGUGUGAGGAGCUGGGACGUCUCCUCCUCCUCCGUCACCAGAAGAACCGGCAGAACGACGCCCCGGGGAAACUGCCCAUGCAGCCGUCCAUGAGCUCCAUGAAGCCCACCCUCUCUCACGGUGAUGGGCCCUUUCCAUAUGACUCUGUGCCCUGGCAACAAAACACCAAUCAGCCCCCUGGUUCCUUAUCUGUGGUGACCACAGUGUGGGGUGUAACCAACACGUCACAAAGUCAGGUACUGGGCAACCCGAUGGCAAAUGCCAACAACCCCAUGAAUCCUGGUGGCAACCCCAUGGCGUCUGGCAUGUCCGGAAAUAACCCCGGUAUCAACUCCCCUCAGUUCCCCGGCCAACAGCAACAGUUCUCUGCCAAAGGAGGCUCCAACCAGCCAUACAUGCAGCAGGGGAUGUACGGGCGCCCCAGCUACCCAGGGGGGGGAGGCUUUGGGGGGAGUUACCCGGGAGGCCCGAACCCCCCGGGGGGCAUGGGUAUUCCCCCUCACUCCAGGACUCCUGCAGACUUCACCCAACCCGCCGCUGCUGCUGCCGCCGCCGCCGUCGCUGCUGCCGCCGCCACGGCAACCGCCACGGCCACUGCCACUGUCGCUGCCCUGCAGGAGACCCAGAACAAAGAAAUGAACCAAUACGGACCGAUGUGUUCCUCUUUCCAGAUGGGACCAAGCCAGGCCUACAACAACCAGUUCAUGAACCAGCCUGGUCCUCGCGGGCCGCCCUCCAUCCCAGGCAACAUGAACCCCGCCAGCAUGGGCACCGGCAUGAGCGCCUCCAACAUGAGCGGGCCGCCCAUGGGCAUGAACCAGCCGAGGGCACCGGGCAUGAACCCCUUCGGGAACCACGGUCAGAGGAUGCCCCAGCAGGGCUACCCUGGUCCCAGGCCCCAGUCCAUGCCAAUGCAAGGCCUGAAGAGGCCUUACCCUGGGGAGCCUAAUUACGGAGGACAGCAGUAUGGACCAAACAGCCAGUUUCCCAACCAGCAAGGGCAGUACCCUACUCCCAACCCCCCUAGGCCACUGCCAUCCCCCAACUAUGCUGGGCAGAGGGUGCCAGGUCAGCAGGGCUCAGGCCAGUACCCUCCCCCAAGUGUAGCCAUGGGCCAGUAUUACAAGCAAGAUCCAUUUAAUGGUCAGAGUAACAAUUUCUCUGGGAGUGGAUAUUCAUACAGCCAAGGCAACCUAAAUGGGCCCCCGCGGCCUGUUGGUAGCUACCCCCACUCGCCAGUCCCAGGAAACCCUACACCUCCCAUGACUCCGGGGAGCAGUAUCCCGCCAUACCUGUCGCCGAACCAGGAUGUAAAGCCCCCGUUCCCUCCAGAAAUCAAACCAAAUAUCAGCGCUCUCCCGCCACCGCCAAAUGCAAAAGGGAAAGUUGACGCUUUCUCUCCCUCUCCGAUCCCAGCCAACCCCAACGAGGAGCUGAGGCUGACGUUCCCGGUGAGGGACGGCGUGGUGCUGGAGCCCUUCCGGCUGGAGCACAACCUGGCAGUCAGCAACCACGUAUUCCAUCUGCGCCCGUCUGUGCACCAGACUCUCAUGUGGAGAUCGGACCUGGAGUUGCAGUUUAAGUGCUACCAUCACGAGGACCGGCAGAUGAACACAAACUGGCCAGCGUCGGUGCAAGUCAGCGUGAACGCCACGCCACUCACCAUCGAGAGGGGCGACAACAAAACGUCCCACAAGCCUCUGCAUCUGAAGCACGUGUGCCAGCCGGGGAGAAACACCAUUCAGAUCACCGUCACGGCCUGCUGCUGUUCGCACUUGUUCGUCCUGCAGCUGGUGCACAGGCCGUCUGUUCGGUCCGUGCUGCAGGGCCUUCUGAAGAAGAGGCUUCUGCCGGCCGAGCACUGCAUCACCAAAGUCAAGAGGAAUUUCAGCAGCGUGGCAGCCUCCUCUGGGAACGCCACGUUAAACGGGGAAGACGGGGUGGAGCAGACGGCCAUCAAAGUGUCCCUAAAAUGUCCGAUCACUUUCCGGAGGAUCCAGCUUCCAGCGAGAGGCCACGACUGCAAACACGUACAGUGUUUCGAUUUGGAAUCCUAUCUGCAGUUGAAUUGUGAACGGGGGACGUGGCGAUGUCCUGUAUGCAAUAAAACAGCGUUGUUAGAGGGGCUGGAAGUCGACCAAUACAUGUGGGGCAUCCUGAAUGCCAUCCAGAAUUCGGAGUUUGAGGAGGUCACCAUUGACCCGACGUGUAGUUGGAGGCCGGUUGCAAUAAAAUCGGACAUUCACAUUAAGGAGGACCCGGACGGACCGAUGUCCAAGAGAUUCAAGACCAUGAGCCCCAGCCAGAUGAUCAUGCCCAACGUUAUGGAGAUGAUUGCGCAGCUUGGCCCUGGCCCUUCCCCCUACCCCUCGAUGCCUCCUCCACCUGGGGGAAACAACAGUGAAUAUGGCAACCAAGGCAACAGUUACCAGGGGCAUGGAAACUUCGAUUUCCCACACGGUAACCCUGGUGGCACCACCAUGAAUGACUUCAUGCAUGGGCCCCAGCUUUCUCACCCGCCGGACAUGCCCAACAGCCUCAUGACCCCGGACAAGCCACUCAGCCACAGCAUGCCUGACACAAUGCCUCAUCCUGUCAGCACUGAUCAGUCCCAUAGCUCCAUGCCGCAGAGCUUGCACGCGCCUCCUCACCCCAGCAGCCAAUCAGGGCAGCCAUUACAUCACAGUGGUCCUCCUCAGCCCUCACGCCAGCCCCCGCCACCACAGCCUGGUUCUAACAGCCAUCCGCACAGCGACCUGACCUUUAACCCCUCCUCCGCCUUAGAGGGUCCGGCCGGUGGGCCGGUGGCCCCCGAUAUGCCGGAGCCCUCCCUGGAUCUCCUUCCAGAACUUGCAAACCCUGAUGAGCUGUUGUCCUACCUGGAUCCCCCUGAUCUCCCAAGCAAUAGCAACGAUGAUCUUCUUUCCCUCUUUGAAAACAACUGAGGCCGUUCUCCUCUCACAAACUCAUUGAAAUGACUGGAGUGGACCCACAGCACGGACAGUUACUCAGUACUUGACAAACACAAAGAUGCACUCCCUUACUCUUCUUCCUCUUAUAAAUAUAUCAUUCUCCAGUGCAAAUUGACUGAACAUUAUUGUAAACACACAGAUAUGACAGUCCCACUGGCUGCCAUAAAGUAAUAUCUUUGAACAUUAAGAAACUGUGCAGCUAUAUUCAGUUCAUUUUUAUGUCACACAGUGUGUUCUGUGUGAACACUAGGAAAGUGUUGUAGCAUUUUUUAUUCUUAUUUUAUUUCUCAUUUUAAGAAGAAAAAGAAAUCUAAAAAAAGGAAAAAAAAAACUGCCCAUCCUGGCCAGUGUCUGUAACCCCUUUGAACAUUGUUGUUCCAAUCUAUGAAACUUUGGCUUUCCAAAUAACAGGUUUUUGUCCAACUGAACAAUCACACUGCUUUUUCCGCUGAGCACCAUUUAAAAGCACAAGAAAUUACAACAAACUGUAACACGUGAAGUACAGAACACCUCAAAGGGAAGAACACUCGCGACACAAUCAGCAGGAGAAAUCACCCUUUUCUGUCAUUCAUCAAAAUUUUUUUUUUAAUGUUCCCACUGUAAAGAAAAAAAACAUGUCUUUAAAUGUUCAUAGGCUUUCGUUAAGUUUGAAGGCACAUUUUCAUCUCAGUGCAGAUAAGGGAAAAAAAAAGAUGUUUCUGGCAAUUUCCGUGCAUUUUGUUUUUGUUUGUUUGCUAUUUUUUGUAACACGGUUUUCCCAUCGUCACUACACUAAAUGAAAAGAAGAACUAAAACACAGGAGGAGUCUGGGUAGGGUUUCGGGAGAUGUGAUCUCCCGAGCGACGGGACAGAGAAAAUGAACUUGCGCCUACCUCCUGUGUUCUAUAUUUAGCUGUAAUGGGCAUUUAUCUCCAAAACAGUGAAAAUGCAGCUUUUUUUGUACAAGACUGUUACAUAGUAAUCCAGUCCCUAUCUUAACCUGACAGGAGAGUUUAUUUGAUAAAAAAGCAAGGAAUAACAAAAAGAAAGAGAGGGAAGUUGUAGUUGGACUAUUAUUACCGCCCUAGUAGACCUCUGUGCCAGAGUCACUGUAUUGCACCCGUAGCUAGAGCUCCUCCUCUGUGCUUUUGUGUCCUGCAUGGGCCUUGCGUCGCUUGCGUACCCAUUGUGUGACGUUCGUCUCUCUCCUUGAUGAAUUAUGUACAGUAAGUGGUAUAAAAAGUGCAUGUGUGCCAAUUUUUGCCCUUGUUUAGUGAUAUUCUGAGCUAAGAUGGCGUGCUUUUUAUCAACAACUUUACCCGCGGCUUUCGUUGUCUUUUUAUUUUGUUCUUAUUCAUUUCAUUUUAACACUAACUAUUCUCCGAAGGGAUUAUUUUCUGAUAUUUACUGCAUAUUGUUCAUUUUGUAAUGAUUAUUGUUAUUUUAUUUAAUCUCUUUCUUUGUCGUUGUUUUGCAGUGCUGCAAAUACGUAACAAUUAAGUAAUCAUUGGGAAAAUUGCUUUAUAUCACCAAAGUUUGGGAGGGAAGGUGGGGAGAGGGGCUACUGUUUUAUUUCAAAGACCGAGAGACAACGGGAGAGAAACAGGAUUCGUCACUGAAGCAAAAGUAUAUAUAGUAGCCCCCAGUGUUUCUAUGUAGAUAUUUUUAAACAAAUGUCUGAUAUCUGGAAGCUGAACUGUAUGACAUUUUGCCAUCUUUUUUUUCCAAAUUCAUUUUAACAAAAAUGCGCUGUUCAGUAUGCAAAUGUAUUAUUUUAAAAAGCUAUUGUAAAUACUUUUGUGAAUAUUUUAGUAUUGUCUUAGAUAAUAUUAAUCCUGUUCAUGAUUGGUUGUCCAUGGUUGUUAUCUACUGCUUGUCAAAUAACCCCCACCCCCAGCACCAAUACCACUCCCACCCCCAACAAAAAGCUUUGUUCAGUUAGAACAGGGAACCAAUCAAAAGGUCUUUCAUAAGCUGUGUGUUGCAGGUCUUCUAGCUUUUAGUGUUAUUUGUUUGUGUGUCAUUUCAUAUCCCCCAACACAGUUGUAGAAUUUGCAGGCAGGUGUCUUUCUGUCAUAAUAUGUCAUUAUGUCCUCCCCCCUGAAAUCAAUUAAGGUAUCCCUGAAAAACAUAGAAGGGUCGGUCACUCUUCCUGUAUAACUUUUGAUCUAGCAAUAUUCCUUUGUAAUCCUCACAAGGUUUUCAUUGUUUUUGAAGACUGUAUAGAAAAAAAAGUAUGUUUUCAAUUUGUUUGACAGUUAUUUUGUUCAUUCAUUUAUUUCUUGAAGGACAAACAUUGUGGCAUGGUUUGGACAGCAGAGGUAUCAUUUGACUAUUUUAACGUAAUGAACAAGAACCAUGGGAAUAUCAGAAUUGUUAAUUGUCAAGAUGUACAAGUGGUAUUUUAAAAAAUGUAUCACAGCCUUAUGUUAAAUAAAUCUAUAUGAUAUAAUUUUUAUUUUUGUUAUAGAAAAUACAGCAUUUGUAAAAGCUGAUGACCCUUCAAAUUUUGUAUCCCAUUUUAAAUAUUGCUUUCUGGUUUUGUAAAUUAUUUUAUGUUUUCUUUUAUAAUGAAAAUGUAAGGCUAACAGGCUCACUUAAUUUGGUUUACCCUAAUGUGGACAUGUUUUGAGAAAUGAACUCAGACUUAAAUAUGGAUCUCAGAAGCUAUUGUUCCUAUUUGGGAGGGCGUUAUGAUUAAAAUUGCUUACUAGUAGUGCUGGUACAGUAAAAAAGUGUAUCCAAAUUAGUCAAAUGAAUGGUCUAUCUUUUAAAAAUGCACUGCCGUGUUAGUUUUUUCCCCUUUCUGUAUAUAAAUAGACAUAUUUGAAAUUAUUAUUUUUACAUUUUGCUCACAUUUUAGUAUGAGCCAUUUCCAUGUAUUAGGCACCCCCUGCAUACUGUAGUUGCACAAUCAUCCAAAAGGAUUUUUUUUUGUCUGGGGAAAAAAAUUAAAAAGAGAAAUAAAAAAUGAUAACAGGAGGAUAAGAGUCAGCCCACUAAUGUCCAGAUCUGGGCCGCAAAACAAGCCCGUGUUAUAGUGGGAAGAUUCAAGGGAUGCCUGUACAUAUGUAAAUGACUAUAGAGACAUGUUAACAGAAGUGUAUUCAUUUUCCUCAGGAAUGUGCAUUGUCUCCUCAGAAUGAAAAAAGAAGCUUGCAACCCCCUAUCAGAAGUGAUUCGAUGUGGGAAAUGAAUCUUGCUUGUUAGCGUCUGUGGAAUCUCUCAGAAUUUGUUCCCUUAUGUAAAAUACUUUGACCUCUCUAUUGAGGGUAAUUGGAAGAAACAACUUUGUUUUACCUACAUGUAAUAUUUAGCCUACGUGUAUUAGUCUUAUCACCUGCAUAUUUUUAAGGUGCUACAGAAAAAGAAAGUUUAAUGAAGAGAAUACCGGGGAAUGGUUGGGAGGGAGGGGGAAAGGAAGUAGGGGGCCAGGGGGGUUCCAAAAGAUUGUAACCAAAUCCAUAGUUUGUACAAUUUUUGAUAUCAUGAUCAGACAAAAAAAUUAAAAGGUACAAUCUAAGGUGAUUCAUGCAAAAGUGGCCAUUGUCUUUAUGUUUGUA